AUGGAAAUAGGAGGUGCUGACGUGGCCGGAACGACAACGAAUCAAGGCGAAUGGAGUUCGGAGAAGAAGAGUUUGAGAACGGAGGUUGAUACUUCAGCACCCUUUGAAUCGGUGAAGGAUGCGGUCACAAUGUUUGGGGGUGUUGGUUACUGGAAACCCAUUCAUAGUAAUAUUAUUCCGUGUGUGCCUUCUCAUUCUGAGCACCACAUAGAAGAGCUCAGCGCUGAAAAGCUGGAGGAGCAGGCUUCGGUAUUGGAGAAAGAACUGAUCUUGAAAGAAAGGGAAACUCUUGAUGUGUUGAAAGAAUUGGAAAGUACCAAAAGGCUUGUUGAAGAAUUGAAAUCAAAGAUACAGAAGGAAGAGUCUGAAGUGAAUUUGAAUCAUCAGUUGAGCGAAUGUGAUAGAAAAUCAGUUGUGGAGGAGAAUGAAGAAAAGGAAAACCAAAUGAGUCAAUUGAAUGUUCUUCAACCUUCCAGGCAAGGUUUUACCGGCCAUCUUUCAUCUAAGCCGGGUUUAAUACUAAUGGAAUUGAAGCAAGCCAAGUUGAAUUUAACCAGAACUACGACUGACCUGGCUGAUGUCCGAGCUUCUGUUGAAUUGCUUAAUAAGAAGUUAGAGAAGGAAAGAAUCUCACUUGAGAAAACAAGUGAGAGGUUAGCUCAAAAUACUUCAAAAAUAACUUCUCUUGAGGAAGAGCUACACCAUACCAGACUAAGGCUGCAAAUAGCAAAAGGUGCUGAAAUUAAAGAUGCUUCUGAUGAUCCAUCAGUUAUUACAAGAGAGAUCCAGAGAUUGAGUUCUGAGGCAGAGAAUUUCAAAAUAAUGGGAGAAUCUGCAAAAUCAGAAGUUCUGAGAACUAUGUCUGAGAUUGAACAGACAAAAACCAUGAUAAGAACUGCUGAAAUCAGAUUGGUUGCGGCCAGAAAAAUGAAAGAAGCUGCUAGGGCUGCUGAAGCUUUUGCCCUUGCAGAAAUUAAUGCAUUAUCUAACCAUGAGAAUGAGAGUUUACCUGGAAAUCAGAUUACUCUUUCAUUUGAAGAGUAUACUGCUCUGACUUGCAAAGCCCAAGAUGCAGAGGAACAAUCUAAGAAGAGAGUUGCAAAUGCUAUGCUUGAAGUUGAUGAAGCAAAUUUGUCAAACAUGGACAUUUUAAAAAAGGUAGAAGAAGCUGCAGAAGAAGUAAAAACCAGCAAGAAGGCCCUUGAAGAAGCUCUAGAAAGGGUAGAAGCUGCAAAUAGAGACAAGGUAAAAGUUGAAGAGGCAUUAAGGAAUUGGCGCUCGGAGGGUUACAAAAGACGUUCUAUACAAAACAAUACCAAGUUCAAAAACUCUUGUCCUUCUCACUAUCGGAGAGAUCCUCGGUUACUCGAUGUUAAUGGAUUACAUCUGGUAAAUGAUGAGGCCAAGCCAGUUCUAAAGCCAACCCUAUCAAUAGGACAAAUACUUAGCAAGAAGCUGCUUCAACCACAAGAGUUUGAAGCCGGAGAAAGAAUCUCUAUGAAACAGAAUGUUUCUCUGGGUCAAAUGCUUGGUAAACAAAACACUGAUCCACCAAUUGAUGAUAGGCAAGUUGAGAAAGAAACUGGCCAUAAGCUUUUUUCUACCAAGAGAAAGAAAUUUGGAUUUGUACGAUUCUCUCAUAUCUUGUCAAAACAGAAGAAGAAGAAGCCAACCCUGAAUUUGAGGUGA